CGAAGGUCAGGAAUUCGGCAUCACGAUUGAACAAGCCAGAAGAUGAUAAAAAUCACGAGAGAGGACAAGAGAUGAAUGAUCCUACGCCGAUGCAGGCCGAUGCCCGGAUGGAACGAAAGCGUUCGAUGAAUCACAAAUUCUGAGGCAAGCUCGAACGGCGAGAUAGACUCAUAGAGCGAGACAGUGGCCGUCCUUGAGACGGUCAGAGGUGCUGUGACAGCCAUGCCAUAUCACGUGUAGGCGUGUCAUGCAGCAAACGCCACGCCCCGUCCCGCACGCUCGCGCAUCUCUACUCAAGCAAACGACCCCUCCCACAUCAUCCAGGUCCUCGUACCAUCGCCCAUGGCUCCCCACCUCGAGCCCCGCCGCACCCUCAUCUCCACCGGCCACGUCCGCUCCAACCAAAUCGAAUCCUUCAGCCUCUCCAGCCCCUUCGUCCACCAGGCACGUCCGCGCCCCUCCACCUCCUCAAAGGUCGAUGUGGUGAUGCCCGCGGCGCCUGAGAUCGAGGACGCGUUCCGCCAGCUCGAGACGGUGUAUUAUACCGCGCGCACCGGGCUCGUCGCGCUGUUCGACUCGGCGCAAGAGCCCGGUGUGGUGAUUCCUCCCCAAAAAGAUGCCGAGAACCGGGACCAGGCUGCGGGGCACACCUCGCUCGGGAAACGAAAAGAGUCAUCCGCGUCACCCCCGCCCCCGCCCUCGCCCUCGCCGUUUCUUCACGCGCUGAGCACGCCCAGGCACCUCCCCGACGCGUGGGACCUCGUGCGCGACACGUCCCUAACGCUGAACCUGAGCGCUGGCAAGGCCACGUUCGAGGAGGCCGGGAUCCGGGGCAAGCGCGUGCGCGAGGCGUUCCGCGGCUGCGAGGAGCAGUAUCAAGAGACCGUCAACCUCUGCCGGAAAGGGGGCGCCUCCGUGAUGCGCGCGGCGCUGGACAGGUGGGACCAAACGCGCCACGCAACAGGACAGGGCGAAUGGGAGUUCUCGUACUACACCGAAGAUCCCGAUAAAGCCGCCGCGAUCUUGUCGCCGCAGACGCCUGCGCGGCACCACGUCAGGCCCACAGUCCGCACGUUUGCGGACGUACGCGUCCCUGCGCCGCGGUUGGCCGCGCUGCGCGGGAGGGAACGCGGGAAGGCCGCCAAGAAGCGCAAGCUCGCGAGCGGCGCCGCUGCAACCGCAACCGCAACUGACGCGCAAACGCGCGACAGCGACGAUGCGGAUGCGGACGCGGACGCGGAGGCGUGGUUCGACGACAUGGGCGCGCUGUUCGAGUGGGUCGGCAUGGCUGCGCUCGGCGCACAACGGCUACGAGUAAACGAUCGCGCGGACCCGUAUGUGGCAGUGUACGACCCGCCAGAGCCGUCCACGGUCGGCGACGUCGUGCAUUUCCAGUGGCGCGGUCUUUUGAACCCUGAUUUCGUCCAGUCCAUCCUCGACUGCGCAGUGAACGCGUUGGACAAGCCGGGCCUUACGGGGCCGUUCAUCGCGUUCACGGCGCACAGGACGCCGUACGCGCCGCCGAUGCUGGUGCCGCGCGAAGAGGGCGAGGAUACGUGCACGAUCGUGCUGGUGCCCGAUGACUCGGAGGUGGUGGCGGUGGAUGGGGGCGAGGAGGACGAAGCGCGGGCGCGGACGAAGGGGAGGUGGGCGAUGGUCGAGAGCGUGGGCCAGUGGAACGCUCGGAGGUUUGGCUGAGAGUCGUGGCUGUCGUUGACUGGUGGUUCCGUUUGAGCGUGCACCUUUGGUCGGUCGGUUGCACACAGAUAUCAAACGCGACUGCCCGUCGGCCCCACGGUGCAAAUCCAAACAUGGCCACGAGUCACGAAUGACCUCUACUAGGAUCCAUGCGGCGUGCUGAU